UCGAAGCUAGAAUUCAAUCUCUUUAGCCCCAUUAAUGUUGGUUAUUCUUCUCAUGCAAAAGAGUCCAUGGAUGAGGCCUCGAAGCAAAGUACCGAGCCUAGGGUUUUCUCAUGCAGCUUUUGCCGGAGAAAGUUCUCCACAUCCCAGGCCCUAGGAGGUCACCAAAACGCACACAAACAGGAGCGUGCACUAGCCAAGAAGCGUGAAGGGUCGGAUGUUGGUGCAACUCUUGGGCAAUUUCCAUACAAUCCCUAUUCAAGCCUUCCAACAAACCAAUACUAUGGAUCUUUUAAUAGGUUGGUUGGGGUGCGGAUGGAUUCCUUGAUCCACAAGAAACAGCCUUAUCCAUGGAAUUCCUUCGGAGGGUAUCGGCAUGGGCAUGGUGGGUGGUCUAGGCAAGUUAUGGUGAGUACACAGCCUUCAGUUGAUAGGCUAAGGGCAGAGAGUUCGAAGGCUUUUAGUGGCGUCCCGUUUGGGAAUUUUUCUUCUCCUUCUUCUUCUUCAAGGUUUGAGGAUCACAAUGGCUUAUUUCGGAACCCUUGUGCUUCUCCCUCAUCAAAUAUUGCCUUCAAUAUGCCACCCAGUACUGAUCAUCUCCAGCGACCAAACAGGCCUCCAAAAAGUGACCAAACAGAUGGAUCGGGACUUGAUUUAUCUCUCAAGCUCUAGCAAUAUUUGUUUAUUAGAAUAUUACA